GUGACCGUCGCCAGCGUGACGUUUUUCCGCUCCCUCUUCUUCCAGUGGAUGGGCGUCGCCAUCUUCCGCUUGGUCGGGGUGCCCGUCUACGGGCCGCCAAAGGCAGCCUCAGUGGACUACAUCGCGGGCUUGCACCGUGACUUCGAGCUGCCCGCCGCCUACUCGGAGAGAGGCCGCGAUUGCGAAGCAUCCCUCGUAGAGAUGCUCGCGCAGGCACCUGGCUACGCUGGCGACAGCGGUCGCGUGCGCCCCUUCAGCAUGCCACUUGUGGCCUGGCCCGAGUCGACGAAGGCAGUCUCCACCUGCGGCGUCGUCUCCGAGGCCGACUCCAUCGUGCUGCUGGAUUGGAGGCAGAGUAUGCUGAAUCCCGAGUCGGUGGCGGCGGAGCUCCGUGAAUCGUCGGGGGUUAGUCGCCCCUAUGUGGAUCCCGAGCUGCGCUUUAAGCCGAAGUCCUACGCUGAGUUUUUGAAGCAGCUGGAGGCCCACGACACGAUCACCUGGCGGGUCUCCAGCGAGCAGGCACCCUUUUCUACUGGUCUUUCCCUUGUGCUGAAGACUAACAGCAAGCUCAGGCUGGUGCUCGACACCAGGCUGGCCAACUGCAGCUUCUCGUGCCCACCAGCCACUCGCCUGCCCACGCCCAGCGCGCGGGCCAGCCUUGACUGCGACGACUGUUUUCAGUUCGCGCAGGGCGACAUCCAGUGUGCAUUCUAUCAUUUGCGACUGCCCGCUGGCAUGGAGUCUCUCUUCUCUUUGCCACCGAUAAACGACAGAUUCCUCGGCCUCAAGUCGGUCAACGGGGUUCGUCUCGGCAUCAACGAUUAUCUCCAGCCUCUUGUCACAGUCGUUCCCAUGGGGUG